GCGGGCGCCUCGCCGGGAGAGUGCGGCGUUUGGGGGGGGUGUCGGCCCCCGUGCCUGCCCCCCGGGGUCCCGCGGCCGCCGCGCGCCGGGGCUGUGGGGCUCAGGCGGAGGAGCAGGAUUCCCCGAGAAGGAGGAGGCGGGAGAGGAGGAGGAGGAGACGGUGCCGGCGGCUGCGGGUCCGGGGGGAAGAUGCCGCUGGCGCAGCUGGCGGACCCGUGGCAGAAGAUGGCUGUGGAGAACGCGAGCGACAGCGCCGAAAAUGGGCAGCAAAUUAUGGAUGAGCCUAUGGGAGAAGAAGAAAUUAAUCCACAGACUGAAGAAGGCAGUAUCAAAGAAAUUGCAAUCACACAUCAUGUAAAAGAAGGACACGAAAAAGCAGAUCCCUCCCAGUUUGAACUUCUAAAAGUACUAGGGCAAGGAUCUUUUGGAAAGGUAUUUCUAGUAAAGAAAAUCUCAGGAUCCGAUGCUAGACAGCUUUAUGCAAUGAAAGUAUUGAAAAAGGCCACCCUGAAAGUUCGAGAUCGUGUUCGGACAAAAAUGGAACGUGAUAUCCUGGUAGAAGUUAACCAUCCAUUUAUUGUUAAGUUGCAUUAUGCUUUUCAAACAGAAGGGAAACUAUAUCUUAUUUUGGAUUUUCUCAGGGGUGGAGAUUUGUUUACACGCUUAUCCAAAGAAGUGAUGUUCACAGAAGAGGAUGUCAAAUUUUACUUGGCUGAACUUGCGCUUGCUUUAGAUCAUUUACAUAGUCUUGGAAUAAUCUAUAGAGACCUAAAACCCGAAAACAUACUACUUGAUGAAGAAGGCCACAUCAAGUUAACAGAUUUUGGCCUAAGUAAAGAAUCUAUUGAUCAUGAGAAGAAGGCAUAUUCUUUCUGUGGAACAGUAGAAUAUAUGGCUCCAGAAGUAGUUAAUCGACGAGGUCAUACACAGAGUGCAGAUUGGUGGUCUUUUGGUGUUUUGAUGUUUGAAAUGCUUACUGGCACUUUACCAUUUCAAGGGAAAGACCGAAAAGAAACUAUGACUAUGAUUCUCAAAGCCAAACUUGGAAUGCCACAGUUUUUAAGCCCUGAAGCACAGAGUCUUUUACGUAUGCUUUUCAAACGAAAUCCUGCAAACAGAUUAGGAGCGGGGCCAGAUGGAGUUGAAGAAAUUAAAAGGCAUUCAUUUUUCUCCACAAUAGACUGGAAUAAAUUGUAUAGAAGAGAAAUUCUUCCACCCUUUAAGCCUGCAACUGGUAGACCUGAAGAUACAUUUUAUUUUGAUCCUGAAUUUACUGCAAAAACACCAAAAGAUUCACCUGGCAUUCCACCUAGUGCUAAUGCACAUCAACUUUUUCGAGGAUUCAGUUUUGUAGCUAUCACAUCAGAUGAUGAAAGCCAAGCGAUGCAGACAGUGGGGGUACAUUCAAUUGUGCAGCAGUUGCACAGGAACAGUAUUCAGUUUACUGAUGGAUAUGAAGUAAAAGAAGAUAUUGGAGUUGGCUCAUACUCUAUUUGCAAGAGAUGUAUACAUAAAGUCACAAAUAUGGAAUAUGCAGUUAAGAUUAUUGAUAAAAGCAAGAGAGACCCAACAGAAGAAAUUGAAAUCCUCCUUCGUUAUGGACAGCAUCCAAAUAUUAUUACUCUUAAAGAUGUCUAUGAUGAUGGAAAAUAUGUCUAUGUAGUAACAGAGCUUAUGAAAGGAGGUGAACUGCUGGAUAAAAUUCUUAGGCAGAAAUUUUUCUCUGAACGAGAAGCUAGUGCUGUCCUAUUCACAAUAACCAAAACUGUAGAAUAUCUUCAUGCACAAGGGGUUGUUCACAGAGACCUGAAACCUAGCAACAUUCUGUAUGUAGAUGAAUCUGGUAACCCGGAAUCUAUUCGAAUUUGUGAUUUUGGCUUUGCAAAACAGCUAAGGGCAGAAAAUGGUCUUCUGAUGACUCCAUGUUAUACUGCAAAUUUUGUUGCUCCAGAGGUUUUAAAAAGACAAGGGUAUGAUGCUGCAUGUGAUAUAUGGAGCCUUGGUGUUCUUCUUUAUACGAUGCUUACUGGCUACACUCCAUUUGCAAAUGGUCCUGAUGAUACCCCAGAAGAAAUACUGGCACGAAUAGGCAGUGGAAAGUUCUCACUCAGUGGUGGUUAUUGGAAUUCUGUUUCAGACACAGCAAAGGAUCUUGUUUCAAAAAUGCUUCAUGUAGAUCCACAUCAAAGAUUAACUGCUGCCCUUGUACUUAGACACCCCUGGAUAGUUCACUGGGACCAGUUGCCCCAAUACCAGCUAAACAGACAAGAUGCUCCACACCUCGUAAAGGGUGCUAUGGCAGCUACAUAUUCUGCUCUAAACCGCAACCAGUCACCAGUUUUGGAACCAGUAGGCCGCUCUACACUUGCUCAGCGGAGAGGUAUUAAAAAAAUUACCUCAACAGCUCUCUAAAGUGACCUCAGCCAUUUAUUUGGUACCAUGGUAUAAGAUGAUAGCACAAUCAUGGCGACAGGUAGCACAUACCUGAGAGAUACCUGCAAGCACACACUGUCCCAGCUGGUACCCAUCAUGCUGCUGCUCCUGCUGCUCCUGCUUUCAUCUGUUUUUGCUUUAAAUGAUUGUUGGCAAGUUAGACUUUUCUGGAGCUUUGGAUGGAACGAAAAAUGGAAAUAAUGAAGAUAUGUUCACUGAAUCAACCAGAAGAGUCAUGAACACCACCUCUGUCAUUAAACAAAUAUAUAUACACAUAUAUGUUUAUAUGUGUGUAUAUAUAUAUAUAUAUAUAUAUAUAAAAUAUAUAUACAUAUAUACAUACACACACUGAAUAAUAAAGUACUCUCUACCAUAUAGCAUUAUUUUUAUAGGGAAUAUUUCUUGUCCCCCCCAAAUAUUCUUUGUUACUUAUAAGGAUGGACAGUUUCUGUUAAGCACUUAACUUAAACAAUCCGUUUAUAUUAGCACUGUAUUCUUUGUGCCAUCCAGCAUUUUGUAUGUUUUUGUAAACAAUUCAUAUACAGUACAUUUCUGUACUGCUUUCUUUAAUGUAUACAUGCCUUGUUUAACUUGGACCUUAUUAUGAAUCAAUUUGACGAUUAAAUCUGGUUAAGCAGUUCACCUGGAUUAAUCAGUAUUGUUGGACAGCUCGAAGAUUGCCUGAUUGCUCAACAGCUAUUGAAUGUAAUACUAUGAUCCUGUACAAACCCUUCCUUGUGUCUAUGUCACUGAUUUUGUUCUUAAAGUGAGGUGCACUGUCAUGCAGAUCUAGGGAGCUGUUGUGAUAGGGCAAGUCGAAAUAGUGCAUUGUUGUGCAUGUGUGGCAUGGUAGCCAGAAUGUGCCAGAAAGUCAGCCUAUCCACUUUACAACCCUGUUGGUUUGGUUUGUUUUUUUCUUCUUAGUUAAGAAAUCUUCCCCCUUGCACUUUUUAAUCUUGAGUGGUAUUGGUUAAUAUUGGCUGUUUGUAGUUUAAUUUUCGUUUUGAAUUUUAUUUGGGAGUUAUAACUGUGAGUAAGACAGUUGGAUAAGAAAAGAUCAUCAAAAGCUCAAGUGUCCAUUGUAGCUAUGAUAUCAGGUGCUGGUUUGAAAUUGAUGUAUAAAUCACUGCUUUUCAUUUGAAAUCGAACUUAAACUUUAUCUUAUAGCAAAAAGUAUUCUUGACCAUCCAGUAUUGAGUUGGAAAGAUAAAAUAGGAAUUAGUUCCUCUUAAUGAAUGAUUUUAUAUACUCCUGAAUACCUGGAGUCAGGAUACUUCCUUCUGACUAGUCGGUUACCACAUUUACCUAGACUGUCAGUGUUCAUCAGAGAGAUACAGUUUGGCGGGUGUCACCAUUUUGUUUCACCAUUGAAAUUUAUGCAAACAUGAUUGCCCGUGUGAGGUGGCUGAAGCAGAUGUCUGUCAGAAUACCAGGUGUCAUAUAUGCUUGUUUUGCAAAUGUCACUGUGACAGACCACGAUAGUGCUUAAUUAACUCAGUUCCCUUUCUGCUAUUAACUAAUCAGUCAUAAGUAUCAUGAAAGAUACUUGUGCAAGAAAGAAGUAAGCUAAUUUACCUCAUGUGCUUAGUUAAAUCUUACACACUAAGCCAUAUAAAUCAGAAGCUUUUUUCCUGCCAAAAGCUUUAAUUAUUUCUAUAUAAGCUUAUAAAACAAGACUUAUGGCAGCUGCUUAUCAUGCCUUAAAUUUGUGAGCUAGCCUGUUAAUUGAUGUCCUGUAGAUUUGAGUUUAGGAAUACCAAGAACAAAACCAAGGCUGGGUUCUGUAGAGAUGGGGUAGUUUUUAAUGAUUUCGAAUGAAAGAGAAAUAACGCUGUUUCCAUAACAUCUCAUAGAUUGGAAGUGAGUUAAAUGACAAGAGGGAGUAAAACUAAAUAAGAAAGAUGAUAGCUGAAUUAAAUAUCUGCAGCAAAUCAAAUGGAAUAAGAUCUAAUGAUAGAACACAGGUGGGGCACCAAAAGAAACUAGGUAAUUCUGGUAUCUGGGAAAGUGUUCGUGUUUUCUCCGUUGCCUGGAAAGAAGAAAUACUUUUCAUUGGCCUUGACUGAACUAAGCAUGACUCACUUUGACAUCCUUUAACAUUUUUUUUUUUAAUGAUGCUCAUGAUUUGGGGCAGGACAAGAUAUAAUUCAGGCAGAUUAUUUUGUUUGUACUAAAGUUAUUUUACUGACUAAAAUUUAAAAGGCAAUCGUCAAUCAUAAAAUUGUCCAUUAGAAAUCAUCCAGUCCCAUUCUUUCAUUUUACAAAUGAGGAGACAAGCUCAGAAAAGUUGAAGCCUCAAUUUCCCUUACAUUAAAAAGAGGGUUAGACCCUCUAAGCUAUAAGUUCUAUGAUUUGAAAUAACCUGUUCAAGGUCACAUAGCUGUUUGGAAGAUGGCAAACUGUGGUAUAAUGAAUUUGAAGUCAGUCUUGUGAGACCGUGUCACCUCUCUGGGCCUCAUUUACCUUAUCUGUAAAAUGAGGGAGAUGGGCUAGAUGACCUACCAGAAGUUCACUCCAACCCUAGAAUCUUAAGACUUGUCAAUCCACUUGACAAAUAAAUUAAGAGUUACAUUUUUCUUAGGAUUAGCAUUUGUUCAACAAAUAUUUAUUGAAUACCUAUUAUCUUCUGAGGCACAGAGUAAUAGAGUGCCUGCCCUCAGGGAGCUUAUAGCUGAUAAGGGAGACUAUGUACACAAAUAACUAUAAUACAAAGUAUCUUCUGUAUUAUUGGAUAAUCUAAUUUUAGUAUUAUCAAAGAAAUGUGAUCUUACCUGCUAGAUUUAAAUAAAUUGUCUUAACUCUGUAAGUAGCAAUUCGCAUAAUGACAAAGCUAUCACAGUUGAUUAGAAAGCAGGUUAUGAGAAUAAUUCAGGGCCCAUUUUUUUUCAUGACUUUAUCUUUUUAAUUAAUUGCUAUGAAUCCAGUUCUUCCACAUUUCUCCAGUUUACUGUAUUAACAUGGACAUUUAAUCUAACCUCCCUCACCAACUGAGCUAUCAUUUAGAAUCUACAAGGUAAUAUUCUGUUUUGGAAAAGCUUCCUCUUUUGUCUUCUUGCAUUGCCAGUAAUGAAUAGGAGGCUUUUAAAAAUUAAAGUAUUAGUUACUAGAAAGCAUUGGUUAGCUAUCCAAAGUGCUGGUAAUUUAAAUAUUAUCCCCAGCAUUCUAAAGAUUAUUUGGAGCACAUCCAUCAUUUGUUUCGUUUUCUUUUUAUAAGAGAUUGUAUUAAAAUUAAGAUGUUUUUACAAAUCACUUUUAACUUUUUCUGAUUUAUUAGAGAUAUUAGACAUCACAUCCAGGUAUUUUCUAUUCAAAUGUGUAUAAUUGUAUUAUGACUAUUUCCAGGAUUGAUUUUGUGCUUGUCCCAAAAAAUCUCAGUCCUACCAGGUUACUGUGGUAGAUGGAGCUCCUUAUGACUAACAGGUUAAGUUUAGGCUUUGAUCCUUGUAAUUUUAAAUUCAGAGACUAGAUUAGAUGUGUUAACAGAUGACUUAAAUCAGUAUUGUGACUGCAGUUAAUAAGGGUAACCCUCUUUAUCUCCAGGGUGCUUAUAUUUUGCUAAUUUUAAAUGAGAAUUUGUGGCAAUCUCUAAAUGAAGGAAUAAAAUAACGUUAUCGAUACCUGUGGUACUCUACGGAUCUACACAUGACCACUUUUUUUCCCAGCUGAUGGAUCUGUAUAGCUAUACUAGACAAGCAGAGCAGCCAGAAACAACUUAGUGCUGUUUCUGUCACUGGAAUUUUAUGGAUGUAGUGUGCUUUGAAAAAGCAGUUUUUCAUUUGGUUCCUGUGUGACACAGUGCAUCUCAAAGAAAUCCAGAUAACCAAGCGACUUUAUUUUCUUAAUUCUGGGAUCUCAGUCUCAUGUUCAUCACUUUGUUUUGACUAGUCUUUUAACUGUUUGUUUAAAAAGAAUAGUAAAGGUUGGGAUGAGAGCCUAUCUUCUACCUCUUAAGGCACUUUUCUCAUAACUGCUACAUAACCUUGAAGUUUAUGAUCAACAGUUCAGGUUUUUGUCCGGGUGAUCACUACCAGAUCUUCUAGCAGAGUGCAAGUAGAGGUUAUUGGACAAGGAAAAAAUGGCUAUAAUUCACAGAGGAACCUCAAACAAAACUUCAGAGCUAAGUUGUCAGUUAUUGUAUGUAAGCGUAUGAAAGAGUAUAGAGAGGCUGGCUAGAAUACUAAGUAGAUUAGUUCUGUAAUCUAGUGGGGUGAAGAUUUUUAUUUCUCUUGUAAUCAUUAUGGUAUUGAACAAAAACACAUAUUGAGCAUUUUCAACUGAUGUAUUUAAAAGUAAAUUUUAAGUACGAAGCAAAGACUUAAGAAUAUAUAGCUUGUUUUGUUUUAUCUUCAUAAAUGUAGUUUACAGUACCUCUAAAGCUUUGCUUCUUUAUUUGGAAGAAAACAAUAAGCUUCAUGGUAUGCCAUUCCUUGGUAAGUUUAAAAAUUAUUGGGUGAUGAGUUUUAACUCAAAAAUGAUGUAAAUUUAUUAGCUUUAUCUUAGCCCUUAUCCUAAUCAAAAAGGGAGGUGUAUACAUGAGGGAUAUAAUUAUUUUGCAGUUUUGCAGGGGUUGGAGGGAUUAGGGUGGGUAUGUACUUUAACGGUUUUUAAAAAAGAGAAAAAUCAGAUAAAUAUUUUUCUACUAUUAUAUAAUUAUACUUUAUACUAGUUUCUCUAGUAUGGCAUGCCAGGAAGCCCAAGGUACUAUAUCAUAAAUUAAUAAUGUAUUGUACCUUUUACUAGGCAGUUAAAGUAGCAUCAGAUGCUUAGCACUACUGCCAUAAUUAUGAAAUGCUCAUAAAAGAUCAAAUAUUACUGAGCAAUUUGAAAUGAUUCAAUUAUUCCCAAGUCUGAUCUAGGAAUUUUUCCAAUCAUAUUGUUAAUGUGUAAUCUAAGCUAUUUCAAUUGUAUACAUCAACAACCCUGGAAAGAUAUUGCUUGUAUUCCUGGCACAAUUCGUCAGGUUUUGUAAUCUUUAAAAGAAAUGAAAAUUUAUACAAUGAAUAAACUUUCAAAUACAUAUAUACAUGCCACCUUUUUCACAAACUUUUAAUGACUGUGUGCCAGUUGGAUAAACAGCAUGUAAGGCUCUGUCUCUUAACUCUUGUCUGUGAAAUGGGGCUCCUAAGGUUUGAAUAUAUAACCUGGCAAAAAUAUGCUGAAGCUUACUGAGUAACACUCCUAAGAUAAUCAUUCAGUGAGAUGUUUUAAAUUUUGUUGGGGAGAUUCUAUAUCAUACUAUUUAGGAAUGGUUCACGCGUAGAACAUCUGGGUUUGUUUUUUUAAGUCAAUGGAAAGCCUCCAGGAUUUUUGUCCAAACUGUAUACAAAUAUUUGAUAACCAUCAACCAGAGAAAUUUAUUGUCAAGAAUGAAUGACUUGUUUUACACAUGAAGUUUAUGCUAAUCACAAGCCCAGUUGCCAAUGAUCCUGAGUUAAUUAAGUUUUCAGUCUCGCUAAAAUUUCUAAUCUUUAACAAAUUGAGUUACUACUAGUCUAAAGGAGGAGACUAGUCUAAAAUUUUGUUACCUGAAAUAACCACCAACCACCUUGGAAAAACAGGAUAAUUUGUAAUUAUGGCUGCUUCCACGGCAAGAUCAAAGGCAUAUUUCACAAUAGCUUUGCUAAAUUAAUUAGAAGUCCUCUGAGAUGGGUGUGGUAGAAGUGUAUAAAAUCAAAGUGAUUGAGAAAAGCAUUGUUUUUGAAAUUAAUAUUAAAUUCUUUGCUGUGCAAAAUAGCUUCUGGCAUUUUACUGAUGAGAAAUAUUAGUUAAUGUUUUGUAGACAAAGCCUUUCCCACAAAGUAGGUAUUCUUAGUGUUCUGCUAACUUUUUUGAAUAAACAUAAAACUCGGAUAUUUUUACAUUUGAAUUAGAGAUCUCAAAUGGAAAAGUGAUCCUUCAAAUUUACUUUGCCUUAAGUAUACCUGUGUUUUGAGUAGGAAAUAACUAUUAUCCUACAUGUGGAAAAAGCAUAUAUCCGAAGGAGAACCCAAGAUUGUACUUUAAAUGAAAAAGCAGUAUUUUUUUCUUUCCCAUAAUGUGUAUUUUAAUAGAAAGAGUGCGAUGUUCUUAUUCCCUUCUUAAAGUGGGAUACCUAUUAGUCACUUUUCAUGAGCAUAACUGAGUUAAAUAUGUUGAGGUUGAAUAAAGAUUGAUUGUUGUUAACUGAAAA